CGCAACUCCCACCUGAAAGACAAGAAAACAAACCACAUCGGGAAUCCAAACGUCGGAGCCAUCUGCUCGGUUUAGCGCUUCAAACUGAAACUUUGAGGAAUAGAGAUACUUUUCUUACUUCAGGACAAAAGAAAGAACACAAAGAUGUUUCUGUUGUAUCUUGCCGUAAUCUUCAUCGGAAACCUGAACGUGAUUUUUUCAGCGUGCCCGUCGGAGUGCGACUGCCCACUGGAGUUGCCAAAGUGCGCGCCAGGCGUAAGCCUUGUCUCUGAUGGUUGCGGGUGCUGCAAAGUCUGUGCCAGGCAGCUUAACGAAGACUGCAGCAAAACGGAGCCCUGCGACCACACCAAAGGGCUUGAGUGUAACUUCGGGGCCAGCUUCGGGGCGACCAGAGGCAUUUGCCGAGCUAAGUCUGAGGGCAGACCUUGUGAAUAUAACAGCAGAAUUUACCAGAAUGGGGAAAGCUUUCAGCCAAACUGCAAGCACCAGUGCACGUGCAUCGACGGGGCAGUAGGGUGUAUUCCCUUGUGCCCACAGGAGCUUUCCUUGCCAAAUCUUGGCUGUGCCAACCCAAGACUGGUCAAGGUUCCUGGCCAGUGCUGUGAAGAAUGGGUCUGUGAUGAUGACAGGGAGAUGGACCUGACUGACACUCUCUUUGGCAAAGACCCUCUAUUUGAUGAAUCAGAGAGUGACCUCACCAACAGGAAUGAGCUUAUUACAACUGUCAAGAAAGGACUCAAGUCCCUUCCUGCUUUCAGGGUGGAGCCUGAGGUUCACAUGUUUGAGAGCCAGAGAUGCAUCGUGCAGACCACGCCCUGGUCACAGUGCUCCAAGACCUGUGGCACUGGCAUCUCCACCAGAGUCACCAACAACAACAGCGAGUGCAAGCUGGUCAAGGAGACUCGCAUCUGUGAAGUUCGUCCAUGCAGCCAGUCACCCUACUCUAGUCUUAAGAAAGGAAAGAAGUGCAGCAGAACAAAGAAGUCUGCUAAUGCGGUCAGGUUUACCUACGCUGGCUGCACAAGCUUGAAGAAGUACAGACCCAGAUACUGUGGUUCUUGCGUGGAUGGUCGUUGCUGCAGCCCCCAGCAAACCAGGACAAUCAAGGUCAAGUUCUACUGUGAAGAUGGAGAGACCUUCAACAAGAACGUCAUGAUGAUCGAGUCCUGCAAGUGUGCCUUCAACUGCCCUCAUUCCAAUGAUGCAUCUUAUCCAUUCUACAGGCUCUUCAAUGACAUACACAAGUUCAGAGACUGAAAUUCACCAAGGAAGUACAAAGAAGUACAAAACCUGACAAUGUCAGAGACAGAAUAAUGAAAACAGCCAAUGACAGACUGGCUGAGAGACAGGGGAGGGGGGGGCAUGCCUGCAUUCAUUGACCACCAUCUCACGUCGUAAUAGGAUUCCCGAGGAAUCAAGGACUUAACCUUUUGAGAACUUUGAUGAAAUGUUACUGUUUGCUGUGACCAUGUCAGCAUUUGAUGUUCUCCAUUUGAAAGGCUUGCUUCAUACUGGAGCAUGUAUUGGUAGCUUCGUUAAGGAGCAAUCUGUAAUUAAACAUUUGUAGCGUAGUUGUUAUAAAUAUGCUGUGUAUAUUUUGGUUACAAGAACAAAAAAAAAAGGGCCAAA